AUGGUACAAUUCAUUGAUUGGGUUAAAUUCAAUAUAGUUUAUGGAUUAUUUAUUUAUAUAACUUUACCCAUUGAUAUAUCAACAUCGAUACCGAUAUCAACUCAAAAACUAAACAUUGACAGUAAUGGUGUUCAUAGCAAAGAUGAAAGUGUUGAGAGAAGCAAACGUUUUGCCUGUUUAUUUGGCUGUAAUUCUUGUGGAUCUUCAGCCAAUAGACCAAGACCUCGAGCUCGAAAAAGGACAAGGUUAAUACCUUUACCACCAUUGAUUAUACCACAACCAUCAUCGAAUCAACUUGGACCGAUAGCUGCAACUUCAGCCGAUCCAUUUUUCAGUUUUCCGUCACUGCCUGCUUUACCAGAUUUACCUUCAUUCCCAGCUCUUCCUAGCUUUCCCCAAAUUCCCGACUUUCCACCUUUACCGGCAUUCCCAGAACUUCCAAUACCUAAAAAGCUUCCUCGAUUACCUAAUUUACCAGCAUUACCAAAAUUACCAAGUUUCCCUUCAGCACCAUUCCCUCCUUUACCUCCAAUGCCUCCUCUAGCACCACCGGGAGGCUUACCAGCACCACCAGGUUUACCAGGAGCACCAGGAUUACCAGCACCACCGGCUCCACCAGUUGGUUAA